CCCGCAACAACUUGGGGGAUUCAUCUUAUGUGUGGUGACAGUCCCGCUGUGCAUUCUGGCGACAGUCUUGCGGUUUGUCUCCUCGAUGAAAACCAUGGGAGUGAUUGGUACCGAAAGUUGGCUUGCUUUUGUGGCCCUAGUGUUCUUCUUGGUCUACACUUUGAUGUUCUUGUACCGUUCUCUGGACGAUCUCGGCCUAUCUGGCUAAGUGGAUGCUAUGCUGGCCCGUGGCAUACACCUGGGACAAGACAUUGCCCAGAGGCAAAUGCAUCAACAUUGGUAUUCCUGGCUGCCAGUGAGACGAUCAACUCCGUGAUCGACUUCGUCAUGCUUGCUCUUGCGAUCCAAGUGAUCUCUAACCUUCAAAUCAGCAUGGGAGAAAAGCUCAGGAUCGGUGUCCUGUUUUCAUUGGGUACCUUAUCUGGAAUUGUUGGCUUUAUUAAGAUUACCGAGUCAUACACGGCUGCGUAUGGCCACUAG